AAACGUCCCUCUCCCCCAGGGCCCCACCACCCCUUGAACCAAAAAAAAAAAAGAAAAUCUCUCGCCUACGCCUAGUAGGGAUUAGUAGUAGUAGUACUACUCCUCGUCGUCGUCGUCCUCGCCUUCUCUUUUGACGGCCUGCCUCCCCUCCCCUCCCUCCUCUGCCCCCCGCGUCCAAGUCUUCCUUCUCCCACCAUCGUCGUAACUAUCUCGUUGUUCAUUCGCCUCCUCCGCUCCUCGUCUUCGGGUGUGCGGGCUCCCUUCCUCCUGCUUCUUCAGGCGACUGCUAAUUUUGAAGUGCCAUUUCUCAUCGUCAAGGAGAGGUGGCAUUAAUCCGCAGCAAGUGCUCGAUGACAGAUCAUUAUUAUGCUCCUCUGAGGCUUAUUCUUCUCUUGAUAUUGAGUGCCACCUGUUUUGGCUCUGAACUUGAUGUUCAGUGCUUGAAAACCAUAUUCCAGUCAGUGACCGAUCCCAAUGGUAUACUCAAAUCCUCAUGGAGUUUUGUCAACAACGGCACCCCUGGUUACAUCUGCAAAUUUACUGGGGUGGAAUGUUGGCAUCCAGAUGAGAACCGAGUUCUUUCUUUGCGUCUCGGCAACCUUGGUCUUCAGGGUCCAUUUCCUGCAGGCCUUCAGAACUGUACUAGUAUGACUGGGCUAGAUCUGUCGAGUAACAACUUUACAGGACUCAUUCCUCAGGACAUCUCCCAGCAAAUACCAUACUUGACAUCACUGGACCUCUCCUACAAUAGGUUUUCAGGCCAAAUCCCAGUAAAUAUUUCAAAUAUGACAUAUUUAAACACACUCAAUCUCCAACAUAACCAGUUCACUGGUCAAAUUCCACUGCAGUUCAAUCUUCUUGGUCGGUUAACAUCAUUCAAUGUUGCAGAGAACCGACUAUCAGGGCCUAUUCCAAAUAAUCUAAAUAAAUUUCCGUCAUCAAAUUUUGCUGGUAAUCAAGGCCUUUGUGGGCUACCAUUGGAUGGCUGCCAAGCUUCAGCAAAGAGCAAGAACAAUGCAGCAAUCAUUGGAGCUGUUGUUGGUGUUGUAGUUGUGAUCAUAAUUGGCGUAAUAAUCGUAUUCUUUUGUCUGCGGAAAUUACCAGCCAAGAAGCCAAAGGUCGAGGAAGAAAAUAAGUGGGCAAAGAGUAUCAAAGGAACUAAAACCAUCAAGGUUUCUAUGUUCGAGAAUCCAGUUUCAAAGAUGAAACUAAGCGAUCUUAUGAAGGCUACCAAUGAAUUUUGCAAAGAGAACAUCAUAGGUACUGGGAGAACAGGAACUAUGUACAGGGCAGUGCUACCUGAUGGUUCUUUUCUUGCUGUCAAAAGGCUACAAGAUUCUCAACAUUCUGAAACUCAAUUCACGUCGGAGAUGAAGACACUUGGCCAAGUAAGGCAUCGCAACUUAGUUCCUCUCCUAGGAUUUUGCAUUGCUAAGAGGGAGAGGUUGUUGGUGUACAAGCACAUGCCGAAAGGUUCACUCUAUGAUCAGUUAAAUCAAGAAGAAGGCAAAGACUGUAAGAUGGAUUGGACUCUGAGGUUAAGAAUCGGCAUUGGUGCAGCAAAAGGUCUUGCGUAUCUUCAUCACACUUGCAAUCCUCGAGUCCUUCACCGCAAUAUAAGCUCCAAGUGCAUCCUCCUAGAUGAGGACUACGAACCAAAGAUAUCAGAUUUUGGACUUGCUAGGCUUAUGAAUCCAAUAGACACCCACCUUAGCACCUUUGUUAAUGGAGAAUUUGGAGAUCUUGGUUAUGUGGCACCAGAGUAUGCACGUACUCUGGUGGCCACGCCAAAGGGUGAUGUGUACAGCUUCGGUGUUGUUCUUCUUGAGCUUAUCACCGGCGAGAGGCCUACUCAUGUUUCAACUGCACCGGAGAAUUUCAGAGGGAGCCUAGUAGAGUGGAUCAACUACCUAUCAAACAAUGCCCUCCUCCAAGAUGCCGUUGACAAGUCAUUGAUAGGGAAGGGCAGUGACGGCGAGCUAAUGCAAUUUCUGAAAGUCGCAUGUUCUUGCACAAUUUCCACUCCAAAGGAGAGACCGACAAUGUUUGAGGUCUAUCAGCUCCUCAGAGCCAUUGGAGAAAAGUACCAUUUCUCGGCGGAGGAUGACUUGAUGAUGCUGCCACCUCUAAGCACAGAUGGAGAAACCCUUGACGAGCUCAUUGUUGCCCAGUAACUGCAAACCCAAUGUUCCACAGAAGGCAACCAAGUGGAGGUUGUUUCUUCUGCGCGUCAUUACCAUGCUUAGAUGAGUGAGGUGGCUUUACAUGAUGUACUAUUAAGUAGUAUCAGUAUACUGCAUCCGCUGUAUAAUUUUUGUAGCUUGUUGUUAUCUACCAUUGGGAGGUGCUAGCAGCAGCAAUGAUGAUCUUUCACUCAACCGAUAUGGGGAUGGGGUAUUAACUACUCCUAAUAGUAGUUUGCUCCUCAUGUGAUGGGAAUAUGCCAUAUUGGCAUUUAUUCAGUCAUUUUUCAUGAUGUCAUUUGUACUUACGCCACGGGAUGAGGAAUACUGAACGUCAAAAUGUGUGGAAUGCCACCUUAUGAUGUCUUCCAGCCAAAGUGCACCUGAGUAUGCAAGCAAACUUGGGAAUUUCAUUAUUUCAACUUGCAGUGUAAGAGUAGUGGGUCAUUGUCUUUUGUAAAUGUAGUAUAGCUUUUGCUGGUUGAAACUAUUUUUUUUCUUGGUCUAUAAAAGCUUCUUUUCAUGCUA